AGUAAUUUAAUUUUUCUUUGCAGUAUUAUAUCAGAAACAAUGCUUCUAUAUUUUAAUAUGUAACAUAUUUGUGUAAGAAACUAAUGAUAUAUUAAAAUUAUUAUAUAUUUAUCCUAUAAAAUAGAUGAUGUAAUGUCAAAAUAUUGAAUUGUUAUUAACAUUUCCAAACAGGAUUUUUUAAGUAAUGAGUCUGUCUGUAAUUACUUAUGGCAGUAGUAAAGCAUCUAUUUACUGUAGUGAGCAGAUAUUUUUGACUGUAUUAUAACACUGUUACACUGAGCAUCAUGCAAGGUCUUACUCCAGAAAACAGUUCUUUUACAAUAUUUCAGCUGAAUGGUUUCUAUUCGUUGGGAGAAUGGCGGCGCUUUCUGUUUAUCCCAUAUUUGCUAAUGUUUUUAUUGUGUACCACUGCAAACUCUAUAUUGAUAUUUUUAAUUAUUUCUAGGAGGUCUCUGCACUCUCCGAUGUUUGUAUUAAUUGGCGUCAUGGCAGUUCUUGACCUGUGCAUGCCAAUGUUUGCUGUACCAAACAUGCUGCUAAGCUUUUUAUUUGACUGGAAUCAGAUUUCUCUUGUGGGCUGUUUAAUGCAGAUAUUUUGGGUUCAAUUUGUCGGUACAUUUCAGUCUACUCUACUGAUGUGGAUGGCUCUGGAUCGUUUUUUUGCUAUUUGCAGACCACUUUCUUAUCACAAACAUAUGCAAAUAACCAACUUUAUGAAAUUUGUUAUUGUGCCAGUGCUCAGAAAUGGACUGAUGAAUAUUGUGUUGAUCUAUUUGGCUGGAAAAUUGCAUUUUUGUUUGAAGAAUGAAAUCGAUCACUGUUUUUGUGAGCACAUGGGAUUGGUCCAGCUGGCAUGUCAAGAUACAACUGUUAAUAACAUACUAGGACUUUCAGUUGCUUUAUUAAUUCCAACUGCUGAUUUUAUUUUUAUUACUAUAUCUUACGCAAUAAUAUUUACUUCUGUAAUUAAAUCAGGGAAGUCCAACUGGAAGGCUAUUAACACCUGUGUCACUCAUAUAAUCGUUCUCACAUUCAGUUUAAUAUUUGUCUUGACAGCUUUUGUGUCAUACAGGACUAGAAAUUAUGUUUCUCCCAAUAGCCGUAUUUUUAUAAGUACAAUGUAUGUACUUUUCCCAUGCUGUUUCAACCCUAUUAUUUAUGGAGUGAGAACAAAAGAAAUAAGACAACAGUUUUUAAAAUUAUUUAACAAUGUGAAAGUUUUUUCACAGUAAUCUAGAAAUCUAGGGAAAAAAGCUACAUACGUAAAUAUGCGUAAUAACUACUACAUGUGUCCUGCAUUUUAGACUCUCCUCUUUGGAUGGCAGGCCUUUUAUAUAGACAGAUACACUGUAUAUGCUAGUGUAUUUGUAAUUUAAAAAAUCUGAUUUUUGAAGUGUUUUAACUUUAUCUCUGUUACAUUUAUUUAUCACCAACAGUAAUAAUACUCAUAUAAAGUUAACACUGUAGAUGAACUGUUGCUGUUUUCCUCUUACCUGUUUUAAAGAGAUUUAUUCAUGUUACUGGUUCUGCUUGUUAAAUUAUUUUGUUUUUAAAUGACAUUAACACAGAUCAAACCCGUAUUAUUUGGUGUUAUAAGUGGUAGUAUUGUUAUUAUAUUAUUGCAGUACAUUUGCUUUCCAUUUUACAAAAAAAAUAUUAGAAAGUAACAUUAUUGAAUUCUAUAUAGAAAAUGCAAGACUGUGUAAAUUCAAUACCUUAGAAGUCAAGUCUUAAAAAAAUUUAAUAUUCAGGGGCUGGGCAACACUGAAAAAAAAAUUCAAUGUUUCACAUGUACAAUAUUUUUAUUGUAUAUUUUUAAAUAUAUUGUAAUGUUAAUUAAAUAAUAAAUAAAUAUAUAAAAACUUUACCGAUCUAAGCAUAUUGCCCUGUUACAUUAUUAAUACAUUAAAUAGCAAAGGAACAGAUAGGAAAUAGGAAGGGGGUGUGUACAUAAAUAUGUACAUAUAUUUACAUUUUACAUAAAAGUUCCUAGUUCUUGUGUGAAAAACUGGUUAUUGUGUAUUAUUUGAGCCUCAGUUAGCUGGAACACUUUUGUGUUUAGCUUAACUUCUCUUAACCUGUCAGCUACUCGUACAAAUAUCUCACAACCCUGUUACAUUUUGACUUAAUGUCACUUUCUGUCACCAGGCAGUUGUCUUUCCUUUCUCAAACAUAUGUUUUUAUCUUUAAUAUUUGUGUCUAUGGUACAGAGGUAAGUGCUAGCAGCUGCACUGUGCUGUGUUAGCUUAGCAAGUGGGCUACACAUCCAACACACACCAAAUUUAGCCUGUUAACUAAGCUAUAAUGCUAAGUAACUUAUCUUGAUUCACAAAUCAAAUCUGUACUUUAACACAAUUUGAUAGU